CUACCAACUAAUGAUUUGUGGUUUGGUUAAUCAUUCCAAACCAUGGACAAUUACGUACGUUAAAGUCAAUCUAAUGAUCAUGGAUAACCGAGUAAUGUCGAUUGGAAUGAGAUGGUAGAGGUGAGCGACUUAGCAACCAUGUUUGACAAGAUAGUUAGAUAAUAGAACCCCAAUAAGUUGACAUUGUUGUAUUGUGAGAGGAUAAAAGUCACUAUACGUUGGAGAUAACGAUUAUCGUCUCAAAAAUUACAUAUUAAAAAGGCCAAGUUAAUGGCAUAUGGUUUUUAUUUUGAUUUUAUUUUAUUUAUCUACUAACUAUGAUAUAAUCUUUAUAACUAAUGAUAAUUUAAAUAUACAUUAUUACUUGUAGUUUGAUGGUAGAAAUACUAAUUAAGCACUAAAAAUAAUGUUUCAUGUACAAGUUUCAUUACAACCUACUAAUUUUAACUCUUUCUCCCACAUCCAAGAGUGUGCAGUGACACCCCCUUCCAACCCACUACCUCCGCCCCUGAAAGUACAUAUGAAUUCAUUAGACGACUCAAUACUCAUAUGACAUGACAGUUUUAUCAAAUUAUCCAACAAUUCUAACCAUUACCAUUCAUAAUCCAACACUCUCUCAAUCCCUAUUGUCUAACCAAAUGAAAAGUUAACUAAUUACAAGUGCCAAUUGUUCUGACAUUCACAAAAGAAGCUCUGCCGGGGUGCAAUUGUGGUCAUGUACUGAACACAGAACAAAACCCUGACCCAACCCGCCCCAAUCCUGCAAAUGCAGAUAAAGGGGAAAAAAAAAAAAGACAGAAACCAAUUUACAGUAAAAGUAACUAUAUAGUCCCUGCAUGCAUCUCUCAUAUGUUCAGGUGUACUUUUCUUCUUCUCCUUGUACAUUUCUCGUGACUAGGUUUGACGUGUGAUGCAUCCUCUUUUACUUCACCAGUUUUUGAAUAAAUCUGUAUAAAUGGUAUACUUUGUUUCCUCCUUCGAUUCAAGUGCUUCAUUUCACCAUUUACACUUCAGAGCCACAAAUGGGUUACAUGAUUUGAAGCCCAUCGCAGUUCAUUCAAAAUAAGGGACAAUAAAAAUGAGCUGAGAAAUCUGGGUAUACAUAAUAACUUGCAUGUCUACUUAUGAAUAAUUUAGGCCCCAAAAAUGUAAGAAGUGCACUGGGUCAGCAGCCCUAGCAUAGAUGAAAAGGCUAGGGUUUUAAUGAACACAUCAAACAAACAUAAAUCCACUAUAAGCCUAGGGGAAUCAGAUUGAAUGAGCCAAAUUUGCACCAACUGAAGACAAUUUGAAGAGUUUUCAGUACUACUGGGGAAAACCUUAGGGGUCGUUUGGAUGAGGAAUUGUACCAAAUUGUCUCGUUUGCCAGCAAAAAAUUUGGAUGGAUCAAUCUGCAUGAGGUAUUUGAAUUGAUCCGUUUUGAGUCGAUUUCAAUUACCUGGAGUGGGGCAGGUAAUUCGAAUUGACUCGUUUUAAUUGCGUCAUUUAUAAAACGAGACAAUUGACUCAUUUCUAGAUUGAUCCAUCCAAACGACUAAUUACAUCACAUAUAUGCAGAUGGAACACACAUAUAUGCAGAUGGAUAAACUGUAUAUAUAUGAUGAAUGAAAUGAAGGUUUAGUGGAUAAACCUUAACUAUAUUAGACUAGAAGGAAAUCCCAUAUAUGUAGGCUCAAAUCUCAACUCUUGGAAAGAGCACAGACAGCCGUACUAUAGCCUGCAGAUCUAGUCUAAUAAAAACACUAGAGAAACACGCAGGGAUUUUUUUUUUUUUGCACUUGUAUCUCCAUGGAAAGAGAAACAUAACAGCAAAGAGAUCGAAAACGAAAGGAAACACAACAAUUAGGAACAAACAACCCAUGAUAUAAUAUGAAUUACCUUCUGUCUAGGGUUUUGGAACUAGCUAGGGUUUGUUGGUGUGGUGUUUCUGAGAACAGAUCUGAAUCUGGGUUGGCUGGUUCGUGGAGCCAGCAACAGGUGAAACUGCCACAUGAUCUGAACUUUCCCUCAGGCUCAAGGGAAAGAGAGGAGAGAAAAGCUGAGAUCAUGCUGGCAGCUUCAACUGCUGAUAAUGGCGCACGCUGCAUCUCUGCUGAUGGAAUGAAGGCGCUUUAGUUUCUGGGGUGAGGACUGAGGAGGAACAGAGAAGCUAGGGAGAGAGGUUGGUGUAUAAAUAGAGAAGAAGAGGGAGAGGUGGCUAGGGAGGAGCCUGGAAAUAUGUGGGUGGGGAUGUAAGGUUUAUAUUUUUUUUUUCUUUUCUCUGGUUUUCGUUUAAAAUUGAUAAUAAUGAUGCAUGAUUCCUUCUAGCUAGGGUUUUCAAGUGAGGGAUAUUGGUUGGACGAGAAUAUGGGGAGAUGUGUGAGGGAAACCAAACGGUAAAAGAUAAUAAAGAUAGAGAUCGACA